AUGUUCUCGAAAUCUACGCUCGUUGCAUAUGUUCUCUCAGCGGUCUUCGUCGUCGCUCAAACACCGGCUUACACUGGCCAGUUGCUCCUGGAACCUGGUAACUCGGCCGCGAAGUGCUUGCGAGCGGAUGAUCGAAACGGGGCACCCGUGACUCUUACGUCGUGCACGGGCGCCUCCGACCAACUCUGGACUUUCGACAAUGGCCAAGUCAAGACCUCGUCCAACAAGUGUCUAGAUGUGACGGGUGGUCAGGAUGUCGAUGGCGUCAAGCUACAAGUUUGGGACUGCAGCGGCAGCGAUGCCAACCAGAAAUUUUACUACACGGCAUACGGCGACAAUCACCACGGAAAAUGUCUCGAUUUGCCCAGCGGCAGCCUCAAUGAUGGUACUCAAGUCCAGCUCUGGACGUGUGAUGGCGGGAACCCCAACCAGGUUUGGAACGUUGGCUACAUGUCCGACAAACUGCCCUCCCAGACCGAAUCCGGACAAAGCGGUACCAAUGCAUGCGGUGGCGCAUCUUCGCAGUCUAGCAUGUGUCAAACUGCUUGGAUCAACGACGCCGACGACUUCUGCCUGUGGGCUCCUCCCAACGUCGGAAACAUCGGCGAUACCGAGCGGGAGGAAGUCGCGUGGUGCACGAAGUCGGGUCGCGGCACACGUAUCAUUCCGGAUGGCACUCUUCAGGGCGUACAUUUCGUCCGCACUCCAGACUACGUUCAAGUGACAGGUGUCGGCGAUUUCACGAAGAUCAACGUCCCCGCGGGUGACUCCGGUGGAGAACUUGAUCCUCAUGGCGCUGAUUCUCGCGGAAACCCGGUUGGAGGUCUUGUCUACGGGAAUACGUUUGGUUCCAACCUGCAGUAUCACGAGUGGACGAGCUUCAUCUCCGAGAAAGAAUUCUGCUUCCGUGCUUGUACGGGUCCGAAUGCACGAGAAAACUGCCAGCACAUAUACGACACGAUGGGUUGCUACUGGAACAUGCCCGCCAACUACGACUCCGGCGUCUUCGAGUCCUGCCAAGCAGACGACGACCUGCCGAUGGGCGUAUAUGGGACGUCGACCUGGUACCAGGGCCAAUCUCCGACUCCGGCAGCCCACCCUCCCGCUUCUUCGUCAAUGUGCACGCCCUUCCCGAGCAUCAGCGUGUCGCCGUCGAAGCGCGACAGGAUGGAGAAGAAACGUGUGCCGCCGGUGACCUCCGUGCCGAAACCGACGAUGAUCAGGUCUCCGAACCCUGUGAGGGAGUUGUGA